UGGUUGAACUUGAUCAAAUAAGUUGCUCCAUCAUUUUCAAGAGGCUGAGAGAGAGCCUUGUUGAGAUUGUCAUAGAGGUAGGUGCAACCCGGUGGAAUUUCUUUUAAUUGUCGUCUAAGAAGUCAGUUUUCAAAUAGAAAUUAAGAUUAUGCUUGUAAUGGUUCUUAUGAUUUACGUUUAAAAAGUUUGUGUCAAUCAUUGGCCAAAUUUUCUUGGUCAUAAUUAAACGACUUUCAUUGAGGAAUAAUUAUCGUAAAGCAAUGGCCUCCUAGAAGUCCAAAUCCGGAAUUUCAGAAGGCUGAAUUAUCUUCCGGGAUGAAGAAUCAUCAGGUCAGAUGUUCGGAAACUUUACCAGGAAAUGAUCCUUCUACAGGGAGGAGAACUUCAGCAGGGGAAUAUAAUUGGAAUUCGAAAGCCGCAUUGCUGCAUAAGUUAAAAAAUGAAUCCGGGAAGUUAAAUUCUUGUAAAGGAGCCCAGAUAGGGAAAAGGCAUAUGUGGUUUCGCAAGCAUGUUCGAUUAAUUGUUUGUACGUUCGUAUUGAUGGGUUUCUUUUUCCUGUUUGAUUCUCUUAUGGUGUCAAUAUUUGAUUCAGUAAAUCUUCAGGAUAGUUCAACCUCCAAAGAUUCAAGAGGGCUUCAAGAGAAUAAUAUUGGCUAUAUUAACAAAGAGAAACCACCAAUAAAGAUGCAUGGCAGGCUUCUAAGUUUGGCUUCCAGUGCUCUAGUAGAGAAAGAAUUCAAGCAAGAGAAAGCAAAUUUCUGGAAGGAACCACACCGACAGGCAGCUUUAUGGAAACCCUGUGCUGAUAGGAGAACUCCAAAUCUAGGGAAGCCCGAGGAAAGUAAUGGUUAUAUUAUGGUGAGUGCAAAUGGCGGUCUCAAUCAACAACGAGUUGCUAUUUGCAACGCAGUUGCUGUGGCUUCUUUGCUUAAUGCAACUCUAGUUCUUCCAAGAUUUCUUUACAGCAAUGUAUGGAAGGAUCCCAGCCAGUUUGGUGAUAUCUAUCAAGAGGAGUAUUUUGUGAACAUGUUGAAGGAUGAAGUAGAUAUUGUCAAAGAGCUUCCUCCUCAUUUGAAAUAUAUAGAUAUUGAAGCAAUUGGUAGCGUGAUUACUGAUGCAGAUAUUGUGAAAGAGGCUAAGCCUAUCGAUUAUGUUAGAAAAGUUCUUCCUAUCCUUCUCCGGAACGGAGUAGUUCACUUCCUUGGAUUUGGAAAUCGACUAGGCUUUGAUCAAUUGCCUUCCAAUCUUCAGAGAUUGAGGUGCAAGUGUAACUUCCACGCAUUGAAGUUUGUCCCGAAAAUUCAACAAGCUGCUUCAGUAUUGGUUACAAGGAUAAGAAAAUAUCAUUCUUCACACACUAUGUUGGACAAACAACUGCUUGAAAACUUUAUGCCCAACACUACUGCCAAACAUAAUGAAAAGGCAAGAAGUCCAUCUAGGUAUCUUGCUUUACACUUGAGAUUCGAAGAGGAUAUGGUAGCUUACUCCCAAUGUGAUUUCGGAGGUGGAGAAAAUGAGAGAAGGGAACUUCAAUUAUACAGGGAAAUCCAUUUCCCUCUAUUGAUUGAACGCUUGAAGAACUUAAAGCCUGUUUCUCCGGCAGAGUUGAGAAAGCUGGGCAGAUGCCCACUGACGCCAGAAGAAGCAGCACUUAUACUAUCUGGCCUUGGUUUUAAGCGUGGAACUUACAUUUAUCUGGCUGGCUCUCAAGUAUACGGAGGAAAAUCCAGGAUGGAUCCCUUCACCAGCCUCUAUCCGAAUUUGGUAACAAAGGAAAUACUCCUCACACCAAGUGAACUUGAGCCUUUUAGGAAUUUCUCAUCUCAGCUGGCGGCGCUGGAUUUCAUUGCCUGUGCAACUGCUGAUGUCUUUGCCAUGACUGAUUCUGGGAGCCAACUCUCGUCACUGGUGGCUGGAUUCCGAACUUACUAUGGUGGUGGACACGCUCCAAACUUGCGACCCAACAAGAAGAGGCUUGCGGCAAUUUUGAGUGAGAACAGCACCAUAGGAUGGAAUGAUUUCAAAGAUAGAGUGAGAAAAAUGAUCGAGGAAGGUCAAAAGGUACGUGUAAGGGGUUAUGGUCGAAGCAUUUAUCGACAACCAAGGUGCCCAGAAUGCAUGUGCAGAUUGUAACAGAGUUUCGUCUGAAGUGCUUUUGAGUGCCCUUCUAUGCUCUGACAAUCGUUUCCCUAAAAAUCCUACCAGGAUAUAUUCCAGUGAUGGCAAUGCAAAAUUGUCAAAUUUUGCCCCCAUUCUUUCCAUUCAUAAGUUUCAAUAAAUUCUUCUCAUUCUAAUUAUGUUUAA